AUGGACCCGAAUGCCUGGGCCACAACCGCCUAUUUGAACGCCGCGAACAACAUCCAGAACUUUGGGAAUCAAAUGGGCAUGAUCUCGGUGAACCGGAUCUCCGUUGACGACUCCAUGCUCAACAAUUACAAUCGUAAGAAUUGGAAUUUUUCGAGUUUUAUAUUAUCCAUGGCAUCAAGUCCGAAAAAUCUUGAAUUUUUGAAAUUUUGGGCUUAUUUUUUGUUUUCAGCUUGUCCUAAAGUUCGAUAUUGAAUUUUAUUCAAUUUCAGACAUGUACGAUGAGAUUCUGGAGUCGAUGCAGCGUUGCCGAGUGAACAAUCAACAGAACGACGUGGACAUGGACUUUCACUGA